GCGGGCAUCAACAGAAUCGAAGCCUUCUAUUCGAUCUUUGGAAAAUCUUGGCUGCUCUGGUCCUUCUGGGGUGCAUUCACCCUCUGGGGCUUUGCCAUGGCCCUGAGCUCCGACACUACGUACCUUUACCUCUCCUUCGCUACAUCUGCGUACGUAUCCAACAAUCUGCUAUCAACCAUUGCAGUUGUUGCGUCCAUCGCCUCAGCAGUCUCACAGCCGUUUUGGGCCAAGUGGGCCGAUCUCUGGUCUCGACACUGGGCCCUCCUUGCCUCUCUCGUGCUCUACGUACUGGGCUAUUUGAUGACGGCUGCCUCUUCAAACGUCGAGACUGUGGCAGCUGGACAAGUUAUCUACACCAUCGGAAACGCUGGACUCACCUUCAUGCAAUCGCUCAUCAUUGGAGACCUGACCUCUUUGCGAUACCGAGGCUUCGUCAACGGUGCCAUCACCCUUCCGUACAUCUUGUUCGCCUUCGUGGCCAGCGAGAUCUACUCAGCCUUGGGCGAGAACAAUUGGAGGUGGGGAUACGGCAUGUUCUGCAUCAUGAUGCCUGCUUGUCUAGCUCCUAUCGUCGGACUUAUCCUCUGGGCCGACAUCAAGGCUAGAAAGAGUGGUGUCCUCUCCAUCACGGCGUCUUCCAUGCGCCACCAAGUUGGCUUGGCGGGCGAGACGCGCAUGUCCUCGCAGUGGGCUCGUAUCAAGAGUGCUGUAGUGCGUACAGACGCGUUUGGUCUACUCCUACUAGGAUUCUCGUUCGCCAUGCUGCUGUCUCCGCCUACCUUGGCGGCUACGGCCACUGGCGGUUGGGCAAACCCCUCGAUGAUCGCCAUGAUGACGUGCGGAGGUAUCUUCUUCUUGGCGUUCCUCGCUUGGGAGUGGAAGGGUGCCUCGUAUCCUCUGAUGCCGACGCGAGUGCUCAACAGAACCUUCCUGAUGUGCGUAGGAAUUCAGUUCACGUACUUUUGUAGUGCCUACUUGAACGAUACGUAUUGGACCGUUUGGGUCUACGUCGUCACGGACUACAACGACCGAGGAUACAGCUACCUGCUCCAGACAGAAAACGUUGCCGUUUGUCUCUUCGGUACCAUUGGAGGACUCAUUCAGAUCUUUUGGGGCAGAUACAAGUACCUCCAAUUCGGCGGUCUCGCGGUUCGAUGCAUUGGUGGUGGUAUUACGUACUAUCAAGCAGCCUCCGGCGAUGUCACCACGGCAACUCUCGUCAUGGGCAAAUUCCUCCUGUACGCUGGCGCAGGAAUUUCGGCCGUUGCUACCAUCACUGCUUCUCAAGCCUCUGUCAAGCACAAGGACCUUGCUCUCGUCAUUGCGCUGCUUUCUCUUUGGACUAGCAUCGGAGGAGCUAUUGGUCAGGCCGCCGUCGGUGCCAUAUGGAGUAAGAAUCUGCCCAUCUACCUCGCCGAGUACGCUCCUUCCCUCUCCGCCGACGACAUCUAUAACAUCGCCUAUGAUCAAUACGUAGCUCACGAUGCUGAACCCAGAGCCGAAAUCAUCAGGGCAUUCAACGCCAGCUACAGAGAUUGCAGUCUCCCCGCUCUGAUCAUCAUGUUCGUGCCACUUGUCCUCAGCUUCUUCAUGACCGACUACAAGUUGGACUCUCGGCACAACGUCGAGGAGGACAAGUUGGUUGCCGUCAAGCCACAAGCUGAAGUGGACCGGGAAUUGCGGGUGUGCCAGCAGAAGCAGGCUGAG